AUGAGUUCUCAGUCAACACCGCUCACUUCAAACCCAGAAUUUCUGGCCCGAUAUUUAUCACUCGAACAGCCGCCUAACAAAAUUCAGAUCACGUAUGUAUUUCUACACCCGGGCAACGAUGGCCAGGCACAUUUUUCAUGUAAAACAAAGGUGGUCUCAGAGGUGCCCAAACAGGCUUCAGAUCUGCCCGUUUGGGACUGCGGUAUACCCACCGACUCGAGGGUAGAGAUUCUAUUACGACCCGUACAGCUAUACAACGACCCCUUCCGUGGGGGCAAUAAUAAGCUUGUAUUGUGUGACUUACUGUCGGCCGAUAUGAAACCCCUGCCCAGCAAUCAUAGGGCCAGUUGUGUGGAGGCCAUGGAUGCUGUAAAGCACGAGCACCCGUGGUUUGGUCUCGAACAGGAGUAUAUGCUUAUGGAUGGCUUUAACCCUAAAUGGCCGUUGGGUUGGCCUAAAAACGGUUAUCCCGAACCAAUAAGUAUGCCGCACGUGUUGUAUCACUCGGCUGUGGGCACCGGCAGUAAUGUGGGUAGAGAUGUGAUGGAGGCUCACUUCAGGGCCUGUCUGUACGCUGGGGUCAAUAUAUGCGGCGAGAAUGCAGAGGCAAUGCUGGCUCAGUGGGAGUAUCAGGUGGGUCCGUGUGAGGGCAUCCGUAUUGGGGACGAUGUAAUGAUGUCGCGGUAUAUACUGCUAAGAGUGGCCGAAGAGCUACAAAUCGGUGUGUCGUUUGAUCCGCGACCCAUACCGGGCUGGUUGGGCGCCGGCGCUCACAUGAACUUCAGUACCGACAAGACUCGAGCUCCGGGAGGUUUGGCGGAAAUUGAGCGAACAAUUGAUCGGCUUAGCAAACGACAUGAUAAACACCUGUCCCUCUAUGAUCCGAACGGCGGUGCGGACAACGCCCGUCGACUGACCGGUUCAGAGUAUUACGCUUCCGAUGGUAAUAAAUUUACAUCAUGUGUGGGCAAUAGGGGUGCCAGUGUUCGGGUGCCCAAACAGGUGGCCCAGAAAGGUAUGGGCUAUAUGGAGGACAGGCGUCCGGCCUCUAACUGCGACCCCUAUGUGGUGUCCGAAGCACUCGUACGCACCUGUCUUUUGAACGAGUAA